UAACUGCUCAUGGGAAACUGUUUUGCUGCCCAUUCUUGAACUCAGAAACUUUCAAAAUCUGCAUAAAAAGACCAUUUUUAUGCUCUCAACUCUCACCAUUCCAAAUAUUUCAAUCCCAAUUCACCUUGCAAUGGAUCCCAAUUCUACCCCAUUUCCAGGCAAAUCUCAUCCCUCAAAACCCAAAACUACUAGAAAACCCACUGAACUUCCAAUUUCUAGGCAGAGGCGGGUGUUUGGUACCGUUUGCAACGACAACGUACCGGUAAUCACUGUAACCCAAAAGCCUACAACCAAACCCUCAAGUGGGGUUCCUCAAAAGCAACCCAAAUCGACCAAACUGAAGAAUUCCCCUGAAAAAGCAAAACCCAGAUCGAAGAAAAAGAGUGUUCGCUUUCCUGAGCAAGCCGAGGAAAAAUCUGCAGAGAAUGUGGAGGCGGUGAAUGUUGUUGCGCCGGGGACUCCGGUGGCUUCGCCUGCUCAGACUGGGCUUAAAAUUCCAGGCACGCCGUACCAGAGUGCGGAGAAUUGCAGCAAAUGCCGGUUCAAUAGGCUGGAGACGUCGUCGUAUUGGCUUGCUCAGAUCAAGUUGGCGGAGUCCGUAGGGAAGCAUUUCGUGUCGGUUGCUUUCUUUCGACUUGCCUUCGAAUCCAGCGCAGAGCCCAUUAGGAGCCUCCGUGUUGAGCUUAAGCGGUAUUUGGUACGACACGGCUAUCUAUCUGAGCAGACAGAAUGGAAAGAAGUUUGUAUUGGCUAUGGAUUAUUAAAGGAUGGAAGCAACACAGCAGCUAUUGAAGAAUCCGGGACAAGGCAACCUUGAUCAAGGACAGACCAAUUAAGGAACAUUGAUCGGUUGAAGAGGCUUGAAAACAAAACAAAUUGAAUCUGCUUAAUUAUGUUUAUAGAAUCUAGAAUGUGUACCAAAUAUUGUCGGAAAGUAAUACUACUCUUUACUUGUCACAUCCAUGUUAUACUGGUUAAAGUUACGUAU